AAAUUCGAGCCCACUUGCUGAUUGAUGGACAGAGCGCUGAAAGGGAGAAAAACAUGGUCGCCAUUACGGUAGAAAGACGGCAGUGCGAUUAAAAUUUCGGAAAAGUUGAAAAUUUAGCAGGAUUUUAGGAAUUCAUCAUAGCUGCUGUUUUUUUGAACUGGUGAAACAACAUGAACAGAAAAAUCAAGCUAAAACAUAGAAACGGUAUUUUUUCCGCGACACAAUGACUUGGUUCGAGAGUGGACGAUUCAUUCAUAAAGCAUCAUCGUCGACGGCUACCAACACAGCGACAGUGCUUCGGUCCUUAACGGCUUGAACAGCCAGCUAGAGCGGCCAGCAGCAGGAAUUACUACCGCUAUCCUUCACCCCGCUGAAGUGUAUUGAAAUUCAUAAAAAUAGGACAUUGUCAGCGAAAAUUCUGUACCAGUGUGUGUUUGCGGAAAGAGAAGCUGUAGAAAUUUAGUGAGCGAAGCGUUUCAAGGCGAAUCGAUUGAUAAAGUAAAUAAAAAACGUAAAAUAAUAACAAAUUCAGCAGAAGAAAGCGAGACAAAGAAGAUCGCUAGUGAUUACAGUGCAAAAGUCGUGCAGAAGAUAAAUUCGAGCAGAUUUCUGGAUCUGCCAGUGAUUUGCUUGUUUCGCUUGACGGGCGAACGGAAGAGAAGGUUAGACAGACCUAGCGAAAGCGGUCUGCCAAGGAGAGGAGGCGAGGAAGGUGAUUAAAUUGGAUUUGCUUUCAAAAUGAGCCGCAUUUCGACGCAGAAGAAGGAAGGCAAAAUGCGGAUUCGGGCUUUCCCGAUGACUAUGGACGAAAAGUACGUCGAGUCCAUUUGGUCGCUGCUGAAAAAUGCAAUACAGGAAAUCCAAAAGAAGAACAACUCAGGCCUAUCGUUCGAGGAGUUGUACCGGAAUGCAUACACGAUGGUGCUGCAUAAACACGGUGAACGGUUGUACACAGGCCUGAAGGAUGUGGUGACGCUCCACCUGGAGACGAAGGUCCGAGAGGAAGUGCUGCGUAGUUUUAACUGUAAUUUCCUGCAGACGCUCAAUCAGUCCUGGAACGAUCACCAGACGUCGAUGGUGAUGAUCCGGGAUAUUUUGAUGUACAUGGACCGAGUGUACGUGCAGCAGAACGAUGUAGAUAAUGUGUACAACCUAGGCUUGAUAAUAUUUCGCGAUCAGGUUGUUCGAUAUGGGCGCAUUCGAGAUCACAUGCGUGAAACUUUACUUAGUAUGGUGAUGUGCGAACGGAAGGGUGAAGCGAUAGAUCACAUCGCUAUUAAAAAUGCCUGCCAAAUGCUGAUGGUUCUUGGUAUCAACAGCCGUUGGGUUUAUGAGGAAGAUUUCGAGCGGCCGUUUCUUACACAGUCGGCGGCUUUCUACAAGCUCGAAUCUCAGAAGUUCCUUUCGGAGAACAGUGCCAGCGUGUACAUUCGCCGCGUCGAGGCUCGUAUCACUGAAGAAGCGGAACGUGCUAAACUGUAUCUGGACGAGAGUACCGAGUGCCGCAUCGUCGAAGUUGUUGAAGAUGAGCUGAUAAAGAAGCACAUGCGUACGAUCGUGGAGAUGGAGAACUCCGGUGUGGUUUACAUGCUCAAAAACACCAAGACGGAAGAUCUGGCUUGCAUGUAUAAAUUGUUCUCGAGGGUCACCGGCGGUUUGAAGACAAUCGCUGACUGCGUUUCGCAGCAUUUACGUUCGAUGGGCAAAAAUUUGGUUAAAGAAGAGGAAAGUGGAACAAAUCCGAUUACGUUCGUACAGAACCUGCUGGAUCUGAAGGAUCGUUUCGAUCAUUUCCUGCACCACUCGUUCAACAAUGACAAGAUCUUCAAGAACAUGAUUUCGUCCGAUUUCGAACAUUUCCUGAACUUGAACAGCAAGUCACCGGAAUAUUUGUCACUGUUUAUCGACGAUAAACUGAAGAAAGGAUGCAAGGGGAUGUCGGAGCAAGAGAUUGAAACCAUACUGGACAAAACUAUGGUAUUAUUCAGAUAUUUAUUGGAGAAGGACGUGUUUGAACGAUAUUAUAAGGCACAUUUAGCGAAGCGUCUGCUGCUAAAUAAAUCUGUAAGCGACGAUUCGGAAAAGAAUAUGAUAUCGAAAUUAAAGACUGAAUGCGGUUGUCAAUUUACCUCAAAAUUGGAAGGCAUGUUCAAGGAUAUGUCCGUGUCGAACACGGUAAUGGAGGAAUUCAAAAAUCACAUCAGUAACGAUCCUUCCGCUCUGGAUGGUGUAGAGCUGUCAGUGCGAAUUCUUACUACCGGAUUCUGGCCAACACAGUCGGCAACGCCAAAUUGCAACAUCCCACAGGCGCCAAGACGAGCAUUCGAAACAUUCAAACGAUUCUACUUAGCAAAGCACUCGGGUCGGCAAUUAACUUUACAGCCACAGUUAGGCACAGUGUACAUGAACGCUGAAUUUUACGGGAUCAAAGCCGACAAGGAAAGUGCGGACGGAGCGUGCAGUAGUACAGCCGUAGCUUCCGGGUCGACGGGGCCCCCACUAGCGUUGGGUGCGCCUAGGAAACAUGUCCUGCAACUUUCAACUUAUCAGAUGUGUGUCCUGAUGCUGUUCAAUAACCGCGAAAGGUUAAGCUAUGACGAAAUUCAGCAGGAAACAGACAUCCCCGGAAAAGAUUUAAUUCGCGCAUUGCAGUCGCUAUCGAUGGGCAAACAGCAGCAAAGGUUGCUGGUGCGAACACCCAAGUCAAAGGACAUCGAACCGACGAAUAUGUUUUACGUCAAUGAUGCUUUCGUGUCCAAAUUCCACAAGGUCAAAAUUCAAACGGUAGCCGCCAAGGGCGAAUCGGAGCCAGAGAGGAAAGAAACUCGAAGCAAGGUGGACGAAGACCGGAAGCACGAAAUAGAGGCCGCUAUUGUGAGGAUCAUGAAGGCACGGAAGAAGAUGGCUCACAACCUGCUGGUAUCAGAUGUGACCACCCAGUUAAAGAGCCGGUUUAUGCCCUCUCCGGUGAUUAUCAAGAAGAGAAUAGAGGGUCUUAUCGAGCGCGAGUAUCUGGCGCGAACGCCCGAGGAUAGGAAAGUUUAUGUGUAUCUAGCUUGAACUGCUUAUUAGUGAUGUAAACCUAUUGGAAAAAAGAGAACCGUACGUUGCCGCACGGACAUACAAACCGACACUCAUCCCUUCACACAGAACACACAGACACACGCUACAUAAACGAAAAUAAGCACGUGCGCGUACACAAUCGCUUCCUUAUACAAGAUGAUAAUGCACGGAUUAUAACGGAAGCGAAUAUACAUUGUAACACUCAAACAAUGAAAGUUAACUGACGAAUGCCUGUGACCUACGCAUAAGCUUGUUGCAUUCGCCGAAAAUCUCUCUACUAGAUUUGAUCCACAAUAGACCCCAUUAUAAACUCUAUCUUACGUAUCGACCGAUUGAAAUUACGCUAACACUGUGGCUUAGCAAGAACACCGGAACGGUUUCUGCUCUAAAAAAGCAACGUAGCUUAAUUCCCCAGCUGGAUCUUAAUGUAUGCAGUGCUAUGCACUUUUCAUUAACGGUGUACAAAUGAGUAAAUCAGACCUUCUAACUAUAUUUUCGCAUACAUCAAUCAGUUCAAUCCGCAAUGCUUCGGUCGUUUCGAUUUGUUUCAAUUCAUAGCUUUCUUCACAUAUGCGUGCGACAUGUGACAUCCCACAACUAUCACUAGGUCUAAAAACGCAGACCUACAAAAUUUCCAAAAUAAAAAAAUAAACAGUGAAGGGAAAUUAACAGUGUGGUAAUAUUUUUUGCGAAGUGAACAAGGAGAAGAGGAAGAAUAUUAUAUAGUAAUUAAAAUAAAUUAAUUAUUAAAUUUGAGAAAAGAAAUCUCUGAUUAAUAAAAAUAAAGAUCAGCAAACCAAAAGCGAGAAAAAAUGGCAUUCAGUGGAAAGUUUUAUCGCAUCCGAACUGCUGAGGUUUGACUUACUUUCAUAAGAUUAAAACCGAUGUAUUUCAA